CGUCACCGUGUCAAUCAGCAGAAGAGAAAGCAGCGGCGGCGGCAGAAGCAGCAUCAGCAGUAGCAGCAGUCUCAUCACAUUUAGCUUCUACUUCCUGCAUCAGCCACAGCGAGCAGCCUCCAUGCCAGCCAUGGAUCCGGGUACCCUCCUGGACAAGCUGGAGAGUGGCGACCAGGAGCUGGUGCAAAAGGCGCUGGCAGAGUAUAACCAAGAGAAUUCACAGUGCUUUUUCUUCAAUGCAGAGCAGAGGGAAGAACGAAAGCGCCAAGAGUUGGAGGAGUUCAAGAAAAAGAAAUUUCGCGACUGGGUUCCAAAGUCCGACUCAGACUAUGAUUCUGAUAACUCGGAGGAUCCCGAUGUCAAACAGCGACAGAAACUUGGAGAGUUGGUGAUAAAGUUCCUAAACCGGGACUUACAGCCAUCUUGUCAGAUGGCCUGCCUGGAAACCAUCCGCAUUCUAUCCCGGGACAAGCAUGCCCUGUCUCCGUUCACCGGUCGGUCAGCCAUACAAACGCUGGCCCAGUAUGCAGGUUUGGACUACUCUGAGGAGAUGGAGAUGCCAAGCAUCCCAGAUGGGGAAAGCGCCGUAGAAGCUUUAAAGGGUCUGUGCAAUAUAAUAUACAAUAGUGUGGAGGCCCAGGAAGUGGCUAAAGAGCUGCGGCUAGUGUGCGGCCUUGCUCGCAGGCUCAAGCUGUACAAUGAAACCCGGUCGUCCCACGAGAGCAAGUUCUUUGAUCUCCGACUGCUAUUUCUGCUUACGGCUCUCAGUGUGGAUAUGAGGAAGCAGCUCGCCCAAGAGCUGAGGGGUGUCAGUCUGCUAACCGAUGCGUUAGAGAGCACCCUAGCUUUGAAGUGGUCCGAUAUAUAUGAGGUCGUAACAGAUCGUCUUGCUCCACCUCUGGGCAAAGAAGAGACAGAGAGGGUGAUGGAAAUCCUGAAGACUCUUUUCAAUAUCACAUUUGAUAUUAGCCGUAGGGAAGUAGAUGAGGAAGAUGCAGCACUUUAUCGCCACCUAGCGGCUAUACUUAGGCACUGUUUACUCAGACAGUGUGAUGGAGAAGACCGAACAGAAGAGUUUCAUGGGCACACUGUCAAUCUGCUGGUGAACCUGCCACUUAUGUGUCUGGAUGUGCUGCUGACGCCCAAAGUAGAGCAAGGAUCGGUGGAGUACAUGGGAAUGAACAUGGAUACAGUGGAGGUCCUUAUUCAGUUCCUGGACAGGAGGUUGGACAGGGUCAGUGAUGGUCACAAGCUGCGGGAGACGCUGACACCAGUCCUCAACCUCCUUACUGAAAGUUCUCGUGUCCAUCGUGAAACAAGAAAGUUUCUCCGUGCUAAGGUUCUUCCCCCUCUUCGUGAUGUAAAGAACCGCCCAGAAGUGGGGAAUACCCUGCGCAACAAGCUGGUGCGCCUGAUGACUCACGUGGACACUGACGUUAAGCACUGCGCUGCGGAGUUUCUCUUUGUACUAUGCAAGGAGAAUGUGUCCCGUUUUGUGAAGUACACCGGCUAUGGCAAUGCUGCAGGACUGCUGGCUGCCCGCGGACUUCUAGCUGGUGGGCGUGGAGAGGGGCGUUACUCAGAAGAUGAGGACACAGAUACGGAGGAAUACAGAGAAGCAAAACCCAACAUCAACCCUGUGACAGGGCGUGUAGAAGAGAAGCAGCCCAACCCUAUGGACGGAAUGACCGAGGAACAGAAGGAGUAUGAGGCCAUGAAGCUAGUGAAUAUGUUUGACAAGCUGUCCAGGUAUCCUGUGGAACAAAUCAUCCAGCCCAUGGGAGUGACCUCCGACGGCAGACUGGAGCCUCUAGAUGAGGCUGCGCAGAAGAUGCUCCAAAGGCAGGAAUCCUCAGACCUCGAAUCUGACUCAGACUAAAGACCUCCCAGUAGGAAAAGCGCUGAAUCAGAGAUCCGCGCCAAGCACAAGCCAAGCCGCUGCGAGAAGACCAUGAACUGUUAUACAGAAUCCGUAAAAAAACACAAGAUAACCUAGAAUAUUGUAGAUGUUUCUCAGAGGCCUCGGCUGUAGAAAAGUCACAGGGACGCUCAGUGCAGCCGGCCCUUUUUGUGGGCACCCAGGCAGUACAAAAUGUGAAGAGCUUGCGAAUGAAUAAAUGCCAGUUUGGGUACUAGCUGCUGUGUAUAGAUAGACCUGUCUGUGUCCCACGUAUAUGUAGAGCGCUGAAGAGCUACAGAAUCAAAGGAGACUUUGCUGCUGUUAUUGCACAGAACGUUCUCGCGUGGAAGGAGCUUCCAUAAUACAUGGUUAUUUAGCUGUUCCUCCAGGUUUUGAUAUCACAAUGGGCACCAAUGCUUAGAACAAAUGAAGCUUAAUAGAACCCUGGAAAUGAUACAAAGAGAAGAAUUGUUUACAACCUUCUUAAUAAAGACCAGUGAACCAAAUCUACUAUUCUAUACUGUAGUGACACCACCAUGAUGAUGUCAGCGCAAAUAAGUAACCAUUAAGCCAUUCAAGAUGGCUGCUGCUUCAUUAUACCAAAUUUAGCAUAUGUUCUGAUACAUAGCACAGCUAUGUCUGAAUAUUGGGGUUUAGUACCUUUGUAUCUGGGCUGAUAUGGGAGACCGGUCUGUAUCAUAUUCAUAAUAAAGAUACAUUGUGAGUUUAUCUUCUA